GACCGCAGACAUGAAGGCCGCUCUGGUGUUCGUCUCGGCGCUGGCCGUGGUCGCCGUCAGCGCCGCGGAGGAGAAGUACACCACCAAGUACGACAACGUCAACCUGGACGACAUCCUCGGCAACGACCGUCUCUUCAAUAGCUACGCGCAGUGCUUGCUCGAGGAUGGAGACGCCAACUGCACUGCUGAUGGCAAGGAGCUCAAGAGAAUCAUCCCCGACGCCUUAAGCAACCAAUGCGCCAAGUGCAACGAGAAGCAGAAGGAGGGAACCAGGAAGGUGCUGAAGCACCUCAUCAACCACAAGCCCGACGUCUGGGCGCAGCUCAAGGCCAAGUACGACCCCGACGGCACCUACAGCAAGAAGUACGAGGACAAGGAGAAGGAGCUGCGCGAAUAAGCACUGUA